UCUUACUUCAAGCAUCAAAUAGAGACUCCCAGCCUGCAGGGGGCAGUCGGUGCAGAAGUUACCGGAAAUAGUUCAUGGAAGCGAAGUAGCACGUUAGCGUCAGGGUUAGCAUUUGUUUCGGUUAGACUGCGAUACACAUGAAUCCACUGACGAAGGUGAAGCUCAUCAAUGAGCUGAACGAACGUGAGGCCCACCUGGGCAUCAAGGAGUCGGUGUCGUGGCACAGCGUGUACCGAGACAGCGCCUGGAUCUUUGUCGGAGGAUUUCCAUACGAGCUGACUGAAGGUGACGUCAUCUGUGUCUUCUCUCAGUAUGGUGAAGUCGUCAACAUCAACCUCGUUCGUGACAAGAAGACGGGGAAGUCCAAAGGUUUCUGCUUCAUCUGCUACGAGGACCAGCGGAGCACCAUCCUGGCUGUGGACAACCUCAAUGGUACCAAGAUCAAAGGUCGGACCAUGCGCGUGGACCACGUUAAAGACUACCGUCCACCCAAAGACUCCGAGGACAUGGACGACGUGACCAAACGUCUGAGGGAGGAGGGCUGUGCUCCCCAGGUCCAAAAGGCUCCGUCAUCUUCAGAGGACGAGGGCGAUUAUGUCUUACCUUUAAAGAAGCGAAAGAAAGAAAAGAAAGAGAAGAAGAAAAAGAAGGACAAAAAGAAGAAGGCUGAGAAGGAGAGACAUACAUCGUCCUCGUCCUCACCUUCGUCUUCUCCUCCCACCGUAAAAGUCAAACAGGAAAAAGAAGACAGUGCAUAUAACAAGUACUACUCAAGGGGGGGGGAACAGGGGGAGGCACAGAAUGGAUGGAGAGCGACUGAGGAGCCUGAGAGGAGGAAAGACCAAGACAGGAGACAUCCUGAGAGGGAGAGAGACCAGGACAGAAAGAGAGCGGUGGACAGGCAAAGGAACACAGACCGGGACGAUGGGAGAAGAGACGAUGGACAUCGAGGCGAACGCAGGGAUUCGGACAGAGACAGACGCAGAGACAUGGACAGAGAUGACCGGAGAGGGGAGACAGACAGAAGGAAAGACAAGGAGCGGGACAGCGGGGACAGAAGAGACAGACGAUAAACAGAGGACAGAGACUGAAGUGUUUGUUUUUUUUACUUGUUAAUAAACGUAUUAAUGAAAAACAA